CCGUAAACGUAAACAUACCCAUCAUGUGAUACAACCACUGCGGCUUCUGAUGUGCAAAGGCUGGUUGACAGUGUCGGGACAAGAAGCUCCGGAGUAUCGAUCUUUACGUUAAGAUUUCAGCUGCCAAAAUGGGUGAGAUUGAUCUGCAAAACCGAGAUCCCAACAACAUCAACGACCAUUUGAAGGUCCAGUUUGAGGAUGUCUUGGCUGAACCCGAAGGUGCCCACAGCAUUGACUGUUGCUGGAAGUGCACCAACACAUGCUUCAACUGUGCCUUCAAAUGCUGCUACAUGCUGAUGACCCUGUGUGGACCUAUUUACGGCUUGUGCUAUGGUUGGCAGUUCGCCAUGCUUGCCUGUGCUCACAUCUGGGAAUACACCCCCCAGAUCAGAGCCUGCGCGAUCAACUGCGUCAUGAUGAGGAAAGUGUACAGUCUCUGCCUCAACUGCUGCCUGACGCCAUGUUGCGAGUCUUGUGGUGCCUUCUUUAGCAGGAUUCAAGUCAAACAAUAACACGAAAUGUGUGCAACUGUCCUAACACUCUAAUGCUGGAAUACUUUUGUAGGUUCAUCUUUUACCAUGUAAUUUGUAAAAGACUUAAAGGAACCACUUACUAUAUUCACACAUUUAGGUAAAAGAGGAAAAUGCCACGGGAUACACUGACUUUGCUGAAACAUUAAUUCUUCGAAAUGGUUUACUUACUGUCACACUUAAUUUUCCAUUUUGGUGGAAUGCUGCUGAAAAUCAAGUUCCAUGAUUUUUGUAUGUUAUCUUUGCGUCUACACAACGCAGUGUAAAAAUACACGACAGGCCUUGACACUCACGCUCAGC